AGUUUUGCGCUGAGCAGAACAGAAAUAGCCCAGAUUAUGAGAGAAAGCUACAGACGCGGGUAAUCUUCUUCAUCCUUUGAAUUUGCUUGUUCUUGCUUUAAAUUUCAUAAUUUAGCUUUGAUUACACUUAUAAUGUACUCUAAUUUUGCAAAGUACCAAGCAUUUCCAGUUGUGUUUAGGGUUUCUUCAAAACCCAUUUACUGCCAACAUUUUCAUACUCCAAAAACUCAUUCACUGCCAUUUAGGUUUAGUCCAAAUCCCUUAUUAGACCCUAAAUGUAGGGAUUUUGUGAAACCAGUGAAGGGAUAUAAUUGGAAAAUGAAUAAUAUAGGUAGAGGUAGAAGUAUUUCAAGUGGGUUUAGUUUUAGAAGUGUUGCAAGAGCUAGAAGUUUUUCACAUAGAGUAGUAGUUGGGGAAGGGAGUGGUGCAAAUGAGAAGUCUCUUCCUUGGUUAAGUAAUAGAAAAGAAGGCAAGGAAUUGGGGAAAAGGGUAAGCGCGUAUAAUGGUGGUUCUUCUCGGAAAAAUUCGGGUAGGAGAUUUGAGAAAACAGUUAGUGUCUCUUCGUGGGAGGAAUCGGCGAAGAGAGUCGAAAAUGGGGCGAAUCGUGUGAAAAAUGUAGAAAAGGAAGUUGGAGAAAGUGCUCCGUCUGCUCGGAAGGAUACGAUAGAGCCUGCUUUGGAGAGUAAUCGAGGUAGAAAUAGAAUGGUGGAGUCAUCGAAGGACGGAGUGUAUGAUUAUGGUAAAAGAGAACGUAGUUUUGAUGGGGUAGAAGAAGGAGAAGAUGAACUGGAUGUUCCUGAGGAUCCAAGAUGGGAUAGGAUUAAAAGUAGGUUUGAUGGAAUGACGAAUGCCAGAGACAGAACUGCGAAACCCGAGUUUAAUAAUAGCAGGUGGAAUAAGCAGGAAAAUUGGGGUAGGAAAACUUAUAGAGAGGCUUCUGAAUCGUCUUUGCCUAGGAUGAUUGGUGAAGGGGUUUAUGGAGUUGGUCCUGUUUUGGCUGCAUUGUCUGCUAGUAGAAGAGAGUUUUAUGCAUUGUAUGUUCAAGAAGGAUUGGAUUUGACUAGUAAUAACAAGAAAAAGAAAGACAAAAAAGGGUUUGAGAAGGUCUUGAGGAUGGCUCAAAAUAUUAGCUUAAACAUAAAGGAAGUUUCAAAGCACGAUCUGAAUAUGAUUGCUGAUAAUCGUCCUCAUCAAGGACUCGUUCUCGAUGCUUCACCACUAGAGAUGGUGAAAAUAAUGAAAUUAGAUCCCGUUUCCCACGAAGAUAAAGGUUCGCUUUGGGUAGCUUUAGAUGAGGUUACUGAUCCUCAGAAUUUAGGAGCGAUUAUUAGGUCUGCUUAUUUCUUUGGAGCUUCAGGGAUAGUUCUAUGUGCGAAAAAUUCUGCCCCUUUAAGCGGAAUUGUAAGUAAAGCGAGUGCAGGAUCACUUGAAAUAAUGGAGCUUAGGUAUUGCAAGAAUAUGAUGCAGUUCUUAGUAUCAUCAGCUGAAAACGGGUGGCGAAUUCUCGGAGGUUCAGUUGCUCCAAAGUCUGUCCCAUUGAAUGAAGUAGUCCCUGGUGAACCCACAGUUCUUGUAUUGGGCAGUGAAGGUACUGGGCUGAGGCCAUUAGUGGAGAGAUCGUGCACUCAACUGGUGAAGAUACCGGGAAACGCUCCCGUAGAUGUCAUGGCGGGAGUCGAUGACGAUGAUAUUGUAUCGGAAGAAACGAAUCUUCAGCGCUCAAGUGAAGAGUUUAGAUCAUUUUUGGCUGUGGAGAGUUUGAAUGUUAGUGUUGCAGCAGGUGUGCUUAUUCACCACUUAAUUGGGAGCACCCCCAGUAACAAUGAUGAGUGAAGUGAACUGUACUUUAAUUAGACUAUAUUGCAGCUUAAUCACUACAUGCUAUUGUUAUUAAAUCAGUUUUGAUUCUCUUUGGCUAGCAGAAAUUUGCAUUAGGAUGAUCAUGCUUAAUGACAUGGCAAUUUUUCUAA